AUGCUGGAACGGGCGACGGGCUGCCUCGAAAACGCAGGACGGCGCGUCCUCCGGAACUCCCACGGUGCAGUUCGCAGCGGCCAUUCCCUGUGUGAUCGCACUCGAAAGGAAAGAGGCGCUGGAGCAGAUGCGCCCCAUUGGCUCUUAGCACUUUUGCAGGCGUCGGAUCAACAAUCAUCUUCAACCGUUGAUUCCUGCCACAGCAGUAAGAGUGAGAGAUUCAAUGGUGGCCCAGCGCCUCUCGAGUUCUUAUAUCCCCGAGAACCACAGCGGCUUGUAGCUCCCCGACCAUCUCACGCUCAAAGGAGACCUGGGCUACGCCGGAGAAGAUCCCUCGUGGGAUUUUCGAGGUCAUACGUAUCCGUCUCAAGCCUUCGGCAGGCAGUCGCCGAUGUUUCCCUCAGUCACGAGCAUGCAUGUCAGGGCACCGAUGGCGUUGACGCCAAAAGUUCGGGGGUUCAAGACCUGGUAAUCGAAGACUUGGAAAAUGACAGCUUAUUGCAUCAAGAAUUGCAUACCGAAGACGCAGGAAUUGAUGACCCUGGGUCAGACGAUCUAGAGCCUGGAGACCUGGACACUGGCAAUCAGACAACCGAGAAGCCCCAGGACCCUGAAAGCAUCGAACGGGAGCGCAAACUCCAAGCCGACCUGCAUGCAUUCUUGCUGAAAGAUGGCAACCAAUUUGACAUAGCCUGGAUCCGGUUCGUUGCAGCUGGGCGCCCCUCAAAACUCUUGUCGCCGCUUUGCGCGUAUAUGAGCAAGUCGCAAACGUUCAAGGACAAAAGACGAGUUUGGUACCUCUUUCGACUGAUCCCCCCGGAAAAGCGCACAGCGUAUGACUACCGCAACAUGUUGACUUCAGAUCUCCACCUCUCACAUGUUGACAAACCUCGACACUUGGACCACAUUUGCACUCAUGCUCUCUCUACGCCGUUCGCGCAAGAGAUCGUUUCUCUGGUCGUAAAGCAUUACGUGGAGCACAGAGAAUGGGCUCGACUAAGAUCACUUUGGUCUAAGCUAAUAGCAAUACCAUUAUCACAACGUGGAUCACUCUGUUAUGACGUGUUAGAGCACAUCAACCGGGUCAACUUCCCAGAAUUCUCCUUGGCCAGGCAUUUACUUAACCUCGCACGAUUUGCCAUCCGACAUAUUGAUGACGAAGCAACCUAUGAUUUUACUCGACGUCUGGUUCAACGAUUUGCCGAGUCAAAAGACAUUCUCACACUCACACCACCUUCGAGUAUUCUUGCAGUCCUCAGGGAUUACGGCUCCACGGGACUAUUGCACUACCGUGCAUAUCUCAAACUCAUCAACCAUCACUUCUUCGGCGACCGAGACCAAUUCAUUCGCGGUAUUCUUUUUUACCGUCAGUUUCGUUCAGACAUGCCCAACGUCAAGCCACCUAAAUCAAUGUUGGUCCAAGUAGUGGAGCGGCUGCAAGAGCUGAAGGUACCUGAGGCCGUGGAUUACUUCUUGGAUGAAAUCAAACAACGUACUCAACAACCACCCAGCAUCUACGUCCUAGUGCGGGCGAUGAUUACCUUCGCUAUGUCCUCGGAUGCGAAAAGUGUGCACCGGAUCUACAACAUGUUGAUUGAGCAUCAUGGCCUUCCUAGGAGCCGAAGAAUCGUGAGCCCUGUCCUUAUGGUCCACGCUAGGCUGGGUGACGUGCCCGGAGCACUACGCGAAUUCGAAAGACUCUCGGCAGAGUUCAACCUCACACCCAACACAUCUUGCUGGAACAUGAUAAUCCUGGCUCAUGUCAAUGCUGGAGACUUGCAAGGUGCUCUUUCGACGUUCUCGGAUUUGUUGGCAAGUGGAGAGUCUCCCGAUGCCUACUCAUUUGGUCCAUUGUUGAUGCUCUUCUCGAAGAGAGGAGAUGUGGCAAAUGUUCGCCGGCUAAUUAAGGAAGCCCAAUUAAGAGGAGUGAAAAUGAACACAACAUUGCUUGACAAGGCUGUCCGGGUGUACUGCUCCAGUGGAGAACUUAGGUUCGCCGAGGAGCUCACUGAGGCAAGUGUUGAUCUCGUUGAGGGGUCUACUCUGCGAAUGUGGAAUGUCCUUCUCUUGCACUACGCGCGCAGAAUAUCCAAGUAUUCCUUCCGCCGCAUUUUGGAUCGCAUUGGCAAGCUUGGCUUAACACCGGAUGCCUGGACUCACGCAGCCAUCAUGCUUGCUUACUCUUUGAGCAACCAACCUGAUUUUGCACGAAAUGCCCUCCGAACCAUGCACCGGUCGGGCUUGCGGCCGACUCAGCAUCAUUACUCUAUCCUUCUACUUGGCUAUCUGAGACGGCGCAAUCGUGAUAUGGUGCAUGUCAUAUUUCGCGAAAUGGAAACCCGCUUCGGCCGACCUGGGUUGAGUGCGAGCUUGUUGAACCUGCAGAUGCAGAUCAAUCGAGAUUUGGAGAACGUACACGACAAAAACACGCCUGCCGAAAGUAUUGUCCUGGAGCAGGCCGAGAAAACACUCAUGAAAUCGAUUGAGAACUUCGCUGCCAACCCCACCGCUGCUACGCAUGCUUCACCCAUGACGGCCGAGGGCUCCUCAGUAGAUCUUGCCACCACGAUGCAUUAUCAACAUUUGGUCACCAACUACGCCGUUGAAGGGUCAACUGAGAAAGCCUUCGAAAUGCUUGACCAAUACAUAGCCCACCGGAAGCUUGCAGGAGUACAUGACAAUGGCUUGGAAUCCUUACCGCUUGGUUUUGUCAAGGCGGUCAUGAUACUCUAUCAAAAAACCCAACAAUUUGACAAGGUGGAGGACUGUUGGCAUGUUUUGAUGGGCAAAGUUCAUAAGCUUGCUGGUAAUGUGGACCUUGGCAAGGUUUUCUCAAAGUCAACAUCCGAGUCAUCUCUUGCCUCGUCGGAUGACUCGAACUCAGCAACGGAAGGCAAGGUUCUCCCGUCUCGGCGUUUCAUGUUGGACUAUCCAUUCACAAUUUUCAUGCGAUCACUGGCUUGUCGGGAGCAGUUUGACAGGAUACACGAUGAGGUGGCCAAGUUUCAGCAGGCAGGCUUUGCCCUGAGUGGUAUGAAUUGGUCAAACUAUAUCGCGUCUCUUGCGUCAUCAGACGAUACCAAGGAUAUUGUGGUUGCUUUCCAAUUGUUUGAAGAGAAGUUCAUUCCUCAUUUCCCUGGGUGGUCAUGGAUGAAACAAGGAUACGGUAUCAGACCGCUUCACUGCCCUGUCACCAUUCACCAUCUCGAUGGCAAAUUUGGCAUGAACAAACCCCGCAGGAUGAUGGGUAGACACGCCAUCAACCACUGGCGGAAAAUCGAGCCCGACUACAUGCACCCUGAUUAUCCAACCAUGGUGCUACUCGCGGCCGCCAUAAGACGCCUCAGAGAUGCGAGUAUCGAGGAGGGCCCCGAGCAAAUGAGAACUCUCCAUCUCACUGCAACGAACACGUUCGAGACCAUUGCAGAAAUGCCACGAUUGCCUGACAAAUACCAGGGUGCAUUGCUUCGCGACAGAGAAGUUUUCCCUGAUGCACUCUCGUUCCCAGUUAAGAUCUUCACCACCCGAACAGGUGCUCUCGGCGUUGAGCGCGGCCCAACAACACGCACCUUCGCUCAUGCAACCUACGAACCUCUCGAUCUUGACAUCCACCUGACAAGGAAUUCCGUCGACGAGCAGAACGUUACUCGAUUACUCCCUGCCGAAGAGCGUGCCAGUUUGGGUGCUCUGGCAACCGUCAUUCCUCGCGAGGACCGUAUCGCCAUCGAACAGCAAUUCUACGAGUACAAUGAGCUCACGAGAAUCUGGAAGAAGCGAAGCGCGCACCAGAAGAGACUCAUCGAGAGAGCCAGACGUGAAAACAAGGGCUUGAUGUAUGGCAUUCCGGUCGAGUUCGUCAUCAACAAGUACAAACCAAAGAAGUUGAAAUUGGAAGAGCAAUUGUUCGACAAGUAUUAUCGAACUUGGAGGCUUAGGAAACCCACAUACCUGCUGUACAAGCCGGUCACGGGUUAUCCGGAGCAGCGAAAGUACCGUGCCUACUCCGCGCAAGGGUUGUCACGGCGCGGUGUAGGACGGAAGAGAACGAAGAGACGAGAAUUUCCAACCAUGACACGCCAAGAGGCGUCUGUCAUAGGCAGGGCUAGAGUUGCCCGUGCCAUUGAGGCUCGCAGAGCCGCCAAGGCCGCCAAGGCCGCUCAGCUGGCCCAGGCUGCCCGGGCUGAAGAGCUCAUCACAAACUCUGAAGUGUAA